GAAGUUCUCACUGUGUACAGGUGGCGUUCGUUUUUGUUUUGUUUUUAAUUUUUAAAAAAUUAUUUAUUUAUUUUUACGUAACCAUAGUAUGCACAUACACUGAUGCAUCUGUUUUAUCGAACGUGUCAAACAGUCACCUUUAGAAAAGUGCAUCAACUGGUAGACAUAUCAAUCAUCUUAGAACUUUUGUUAAGAUGGUUAAGAUGCUGAGCAAACACGAGCAUCUGUUGCGCUUUCUCAUAUCUUUGACCCAUGUACAGAAAGUUUACUUGUCAUGAAAAUUACUUUAGCUGCUUGGGGGUUACGCUACAUAGUACUCCAUCCAUCCAUCCAUUUACAACACCGCUUAUCCUGGUUAGGGUCGCGGGACGCUGGAGCCUAUCCCAGCUGACUUCGGGCGAAAGGCGGACUACACCCUGAACUGGUCGCCAGUCAGUCGCAGGGCACAUAUAGACACGGACAACCAUUCGCACUCACAUUCACACCGUCACUGAGUGGGAACUGAACCCACGCUGCCUGCACCAAAGUCAGGCGAGUGUACCACUACACCAUCAGUGACUUCGCUACAUAAUACUAAUUCAGAAAUUAUGACUUUCCAUUGAAUUCAUUGAGCACUACUAUUGUACAAAUAUGAAUUAAAUGUUACAUAGCAUUUACUUGGAAUGGGAUGACCCUUUCUCCCAUUAAUUAAAAAGGGUAACCUCCACAAUACUCCACUGGCUGUUGUCUGCUAUUGCUUAUUUAAUGAUCGACACACAUCUCAGAUGUAGCGUAGCCAUAUUUGGACAGCGCAUGUUUGUUAAUAUUUUUUUGUGUUGUUUUAGUUGUUUUAUAAAUGUCUCCAAUUGGUGAUGUCAAGAUCACAUUGUGAAAAUCCUAUGUGUGUGUUUACGCUGCACUUGAAUUGGCAGAUACAGUACCUGUUUCGUAUCAGAUUUUUAUCGUUGGAAGAGGCCUUAUUCCAAUCUGAUGAUAUCUGAUUCCUUUUCAUGGCAUUUUUUUUUUAAAGUUUAUGCUGCCAUGAAGCACAUCUGAAUUGUGCCACUUGAAGCAUGGUGGUGGAAGUAUCAUGCUGCGGGGGUGUUUUUCAACUGCAGGGACAGGACGACUGGGUGCAAUCGAAGGAAAGAUGAAUGCGGCCAAGUAUAUCCUGGACGAAAACCUUCUCCAGAGUGCUCAGGACCUCAGAACUGGGCCGAAGGUUCACCUUCCAACAAGACAAUGACCCUAAGCACACGGCUAAAAUAACGAAGGAGUGGCUUCAGAACAACUCCGUGACUGUUCUUGAAUGGCUCAGCCAGAGCCCUGACUUAAAGCCAAUUGAGCAUCUCUGGGGAGACCUGAAAAUGGCUGUCCACCAACAUUCACUAUCCAACCUGACAGAACUGGAGAGGAUCUGCAAUGAGGAAUGGCAGAGGAUCUCCAAAUCCAGGUGUGAAAAACUUGUUGCAUCAUUCCCAAAAAGACUCAUGGCUGUAUUAGCUCAUAAGGGUGCUACUACUAAAUACCGAGCAAAGGGUCUGAAUAUUUAUGGCUGUGUGAUAUUUCGGUUUAUCUUUUUUAAUAAAUCUGCAGAAAUUUCAAUAAUUCUCUUUUUUUUUCUGGCAAUAUGAGGUGCCAUGUGUACAUUAAUGAGGGAAAAAAUGAACUUGAAUGAUUUUAGCAAAUGGCUGAAAUAUAACAAAGAGUAAAAAAUGUCCGUACCCACUCUGUUUGUUGAUAUAUUUUAUAAGGCUUUGUCCACUGCUUUUCAAGGUCACUCGAUCCCAUCCCCCAGCCAGCUCACCUAGCUUUUUCUUGUGCACAUACAAAAUGUGUGUACUUCCACUACAAAACCACCAGAGGACUCCUUUUUAAAUAACCCCCCCAGUCAUCCUCCAUCCACUGUCAGCUGCACCCUCCCCUUACCUUCCUACCUCCCGCCCUCCCUCCAUCCCCACCUUACUCCCACCUCCUCUUCCUCCUUUCCCGUUCCCGGUACUCAGAUGCUAAUAAAACCGGUGGUUAGCCGUUCUGCCCGCCUAAAACAUUCCCAGUGUGUAAGGCUUUGAUUUCGCGUAACCUACACCGGACGGAGCAGAUAUUUGUGAUACCCCCUAACUUGAACUACGGCAACAAGUGCAAGAAGACAAAGCAGACUAAAAAUCAUCCUUCAGAAUAUAUAACCCCCCUGUACUGCAAGACCCUUCUGUAACAAACAACCAAAUAUAUAACACUACUUCCCCCACCAUCCACAGUUAACAGACACUUUGACACAACAGCGAAGAGCCAGGGCUUCAUAUAAAUGGCUAACAAGCAGAUCAGUUUGCCUGCCAAAUUGAUCAAUGGGGGUGUUGCUGGUCUAAUUGGAGUCACCUGCGUGUUUCCCAUCGACUUGGCCAAGACUCGCUUGCAAAACCAGCAAAAUGGAUCUCGCCUUUACACCAGCAUGUCAGACUGCCUUAUCAAGACCAUCCGGUCAGAAGGAUAUUUCGGGAUGUACAGAGGAGCGGCGGUGAACCUAACACUAGUCACACCAGAGAAAGCCAUCAAAUUGGCUGCCAAUGACUUCUUCAGGCAUCACCUCUCGAAGGAUGGAAAGCUCACCUUGCUCAAAGAGAUGCUGGCUGGGUGCGGUGCAGGCACUUGCCAGGUUAUUGUCACCACUCCUAUGGAGAUGUUGAAAAUUCAGCUCCAAGAUGCUGGACGUAUUGCGGCUCAGAGGAAGCUGAUGCCAGAGUCAGUGCCAGCAGGCACCGUUGAACCCAAGUCACCAACUGCAAUGCAGCUCACCAGACAAUUACUGAGGGAAAAGGGAAUUGCUGGAUUGUACAAGGGCCUUGGCGCCACAUUGCUCAGGGAUGUUCCAUUCUCCAUCAUCUACUUCCCUCUUUUUGCUAACCUGAAUGACAUUGGAAAGCGAGGCACAGAAGGACCCGCUCCGUUCUACGUAUCCUUCAUAUCGGGCUGCUUAGCGGGGAGCACGGCUGCCGUCGCAGUCAACCCGGUCGACGUGAUAAAGACAAGACUUCAGUCUUUGAACCGGGGGAGCACAGAGGACACGUACAGCGGAGUGACCGACUGCAUCAGGAAAAUCUUACGUAAUGAGGGCCCAUCCGCCUUCCUGAAGGGGGCCUACUGUCGAGCCUUGGUGAUCGCGCCUCUCUUUGGCAUCGCCCAGGUGGUCUACUUCCUAGGCGUGGGCGAGUAUCUCCUCAGCUUCUUGCCUAAAAAGGACAAGUAGGAAGCGCAUCUUUUUCGCCCUUUCCUGCCCCGAUCGCAUCACACCGCCGCCUGCGUGAGAAGUCAUCUCAUUCUUGCAGACCUUUAUGUUUGUAUUUUUAAUGAUCAUGUACUACAUUUUGUUUCAAAUUUGUCUCGAAUGUCUGAAUCAUGCAGGACGGAGCCUCCGUUUGCUGCCUAGCUGCCCGUGUUGGCGCUAAUCAAUCUUGAUAUGAAGCCACAAGCAUCAGUUUGGCUUUCUCUAGGAGGGUGAAUUUUGAAUGACUACAUUUGUUGUUUUAUAUUAUGAUUGUUGAAAUUUCAAGGUAGACUUACUGCCCUGCAGUUUUUCAAGCUACUCUUUACCUGAUUAUUUAAAACAACGCUCCUCUCCGAAUCAAAUAGACUAGUGAUGCAUUAAAAAUAGAAUAGUGCAACUACCUUAAUCAUAAGCACACAUAUCAAGAUUUUUAAUAACAAAGCUAUUCAGGAUAUUUCUCUAUGCUUGUGUCUCAAUGUACACUUCUGAAAAAUAUAAAGGGAAUACUGGAUGAAUUUAAUGUUCCAGUGUAAAAUAUGUAUUUGGAUGACAGUGUCAUUCUUUGACAACAAAAUAAUGUUAGCGUUAUGAAACUCAAAUCAUACAUAAAAGUUGAAACACAUCGAAGGCUUAUCCGAGUUCUGUCUCGGUAAUGUGUAUGGGCUCCACGUGCCUGUAUGCGCUGGAAACAUGCAGAUGAGUGUCUUGCGUUCUGGCAGUGCUAUCUUGAGAAGAGGUGUUCAGGUGUAUUUAUCUGUCUCCUGGUAUCUCGUCCGCACUUUUGACUCUACUGGUUACACAGCAUACCUUCUGGCCAUGGCGAUUUUGGAUGUGUCAUCCUGGACGAUCGGCACUGCCCAAGCUGCAGAUAACACCUCAUGCUUCUACUUGGGGUGAGGGCACUGGAAACAUGCGAAACUGGGCAAAUGUCCCAUUUGCACAACAGCCGUGGAAGCUGAUUCACAAUCGCCAUUUCUCACAGGUUGAUAUCCCUCAUGACCGACCUAAAGUUACAUUGGGAUGAGAAUGUGUUCCCUUUAUCAUUUUUUUGAACAGUGUAGUUCAGGGAAAGUGUUGAUGUGAUACCAGCACACCUGAGAAGCCACAACCCUUCAACCAUAAGAUGAGUUUCAUUAACACAUUUUUGUUUUGUUUUUUUUGAGCAGAUCAGAUUCCAUACGAUGCGUCCACAGUAACUCUACUGUUCACCUUGUUUCAAAGAUCCUUCUGUGUCGUGUAGACAGGGGACAGAGUUAGGAAUGCUGUCAGAACCGCACACACACACACACACACACACACAAUCACAGAAUCACGUUGCUUUCAGGAACUUUGCGCCACAGAGCGGUGUAAAAGCAGUAGUUGAAAUCAAAGAGGGGUCUCAGUAACACUGAUAUCAUGAGAAUAUAUUGCAAAUUUGAUUGUAAACAGUACAGUCACUUACUGUGGAAGGCAGUUUUAAAUCAUUGUUUACAGAAUAGUUCAGUGGAUGUUGAUGCAUCAAACUUAUCUGAGCUUGAAUUCACUGGCAGGGCCUAAAGAGCAAAUGACAAACCUUUAUCAUGAAAUCCAAUAUCAAACCAAUGUUUGUUUUGUUGACCAAACAUACUUGUGGAUGUGCUUGUUUGCUGUAGCUGCCCCUGUUAUAUCUCAAUGCAAACCCUGCCAUUGGUUUAUCGAACCGGAGAUCAAGGUGACUUUGACGUCUUUUUAAUCCAAUCACAUUCCACUCUAGCGCCCAUUUUGCUGUAUUGUUGUACGGUAGAUAUCAGAUGCAACUUUUGAAUAUUACUCAUCGGUGGGAAUAAGAACUAUAUAUCAAUGUUUCUUUUGAUGGGUGGUAUGGCACUGUAUGUUUUUGUGUUGUUGAUGUGUCCACCUUGACUCUAUUGUACAUAUGCAGAUGGUAUGAAGUCUAUGCUUUUAAGAUAUAUUGUUUGUUUUGUACAUUUUGGCUUAUUUGCACACCUACCUCUCCCCACCCCCCUUAUCCAUAGUGUGGUAAAUUUGUGUUGUGAUGAAGGAAUGCAACAAGCAUAAUUUGCGCUUACAUGCAGCAUGCCAAUAGGUAUGCAAUCAGGAACAUGUGCUUGGAGGUGCCAGUAUGUUUUAAGUCUGGAGGUAUUUAUGGAAAACUGUUUUAAUUGUUUUUAUUUAUUGAUAACCUUGACAUUCAUCUAAAAGUCCAUGUUGUAGUAUGUUCUUUGUCCUCACGAGUAAGACAAUUUAGAGCACUAGUCGAUAUCUAGGCGCACUAGUAGAAUGACUGUCUUGCUCGUCAUGUUUUUCCAGUACUCGUGGUACUUUUGGCUUACUUGUACACAAUUAAACUGUACUUGUAAACUAUGGAAAGCUGUUUGAGCAUUUAUUCGAUAUCAAGGGGGAAAAAAAUCCAUAAAGACGCCCAUAUUCUAUCCUUGUUUAAGAAUUUAUUUGAUAUCCCUGUAGGACAAGUUGGGCAUGCUAGAAUGACAAAUGUAUUUCACUACUUGUAAGCAAUGGCGACCCAUUUAAGCAUCUAUUUGAUAUCCUACUAGUAUACAUGUGCGACUAGUGCACUCUUUGUCCUUGCUACUAAUAACAAAAUUAUACUAGUUAACAUCUAGCACUUCAUGCUAGUCCUGCGUAGAUAUUAACUAGUGCACAGUUUUGCCUCACUAAUAAUGUAUGUCUUUGUAGUAAGCCAAAGUUGUCCUACUAUUAUGCAGAAAUGUCAAACAUAUGGCAAGCCGUUUAAGCAUUUAUUCGAUAUCCUGCAAGUGCACUAAAUUGUCCAUGUACUACUACACUCUUUGUCCUCACUAUCAAGACUAGCGACGUUUCCAGGACUAUAUGACAUUUCUGCACACUAGUAGAACAACUACAACAACUACACGUUACUAGUAUGUCAAAAAUGUUCACGGAAAAACCUACUAGAACACCUGAACUUUAUUUGGUGUUCAUCACAAGCACUUUGAAUGGUGGCCGGUGGGUGCUGACUUCCAUUUAACGUGAUCCUGACUGCGGUUGGUUAAUUCUGAACACAGCCACAUCCCCAGGUUAAGAAGGUGUGCACACUUGUGCAACCAAAUUAUUUCAGUUUAUUUUCCCUUCCCCUCUCAAAAAGAUCCAAGUGUUACAGGUUAUAGGUUAAUUGUGGAAAAAGUAUCGAAAUGAUAUAUCUUGGUCUCAUUUUUUUAAUAUCAGAAAAACCUGGCACUUGAACAGGGGUGUGUAAACUUUCUAUAUCCACUGCAGUUGUCCCACUAGUAUACCAAAGUUUUCCUACUAAUGUUCAGAAAUGUCAUACAGUCAUAGAAGCCAGUAGUGGGGAAAAAACGACAACUACUAGGAACACUACUGUGCUGAAUUGUCUUAGUUGUGAGGACAAAGAGCAUAUUAAAGUACAUGGACCUUACGCAGGAUAUCAAGGAUAUUGAAUAAAUGCUUAGCGGCUUUCCGUAGGUCUCACGAGUCUCACUGUUGUCUAUUCCAAGCAAAUGUAGCGUCAUAUAAUGCCAAUAGACUUUGGCCCUACUGAAAUGAAGUGUUCCCUGGACGAGGCCAACGGAGACCCGCUGACUUGAGACUGUAAAUGUAACAUCAGUCAGUUUUCGAACGGUGCUCGCUCCAUUAGGCGGCCGCGCUACGAUGGAGAUGCCACGAUAGCGACUGAAUCACAUGCAGGCAAUUGUCAGCAGUCUUAAAGCACAAGCCAUAAGGUCACCUGGCACCUCCGGCCCUAAUGACUGUAACAGCUUAGCCACAAGGAAAAAUAGCUUGUGUAAGCUCAUUUCCGUAAAUGACUAUUACGCUUCUCUCGACAUUCCAAAUACCGUUUUCAUCUCACAUUUGCUGUUCUUGUGAUUAUCCCUGUUUUGUUUGAGUGGCAAUAAUGGUUUUUAACCUUUCACCCUGUUUUAUAUUAUUUUAGCUUUGACAAUGUUGUGUAAGUCAUGAAGCUUUACUUACGCCAUGAAUUAUUGCUGACCUUGUGAAUUUGGUUAUGUGAGUGCGUGCGUGUCCAGACAAGUGUACUGUAGUGUUGUAGCUGAUGUGUAGUGGUUCUCUUUGCUUGUGUUUGUCUGUCACACUUGUGUGCCAUCUCUCUCUCCCCUUGCAGAGGAGUUGUACUACACUAAAUGUACGAGGACUUUUGAGUGUUUAGAAAGCAAGCACAAAGGAGGAUUAAGGGACGCGAAAUCACACGUUGAUCCCUGACGAGCCCAAAGUGUGUGCAGACACUCAGAUUCCAAUGUGAACUGUAUUUAAGUUCAUUUGAAAUGAUAGAGUUUCUUUUUUUUUUUUUUUUAUUUCGGGGUUGAGUCAACAUAAAGAGACUCAUGUGAUGGUGUGCACUAACAGCAGUUAUCCACAAAAUAUAUAUUGCCUAGAUAUUCUAAAUGAAUCAGAUAUAAGAAUGUAACUUAAGAUAUUAUCAGAUGUAUUAUUUAGCCAAUAAUUUAUCUCCAGAUGUAUUGCUUUACACUUUCACCUAAAACUUAGAUGUACACAACACAAAACCAGCUUACUGAUAUGCAAUAAGAAGAAGCGGCACACACUAGUAACAAAAAUAAACUUGUCAGCAUCACCAUAAUGUAUAAACAAUGUGACCAGGGAUCUUCUGAACCUUUUCGGGGUCUGACCCCUCCUCAAGACCUCUGUUCACUUCCUCCAAGAGGAAUUGUGAAAUACACAGCACUUUAAAACAACAACAAUCCCCAACCCUCCCACCAAUGUCACCCACACAAUACCUCUAUGACAUCGAGGGUGUUUCUCUUUGUGUGCAGUGAUUGACACAUGUCCUAUGCAUUGUUUACGAUGCAAUAGUAAAAAAAAAAAAAAAAGAUUUAGUGUUUCCUGUUGCGAUUUGCUGUUCAAUAAACUGACUGUCCCUAAAUCACUCUGGGUUAUGUUUGUUUUUAUACGCAUCUCUGGAGCUGCUUUUAAGGUCUUUCUUACUGUCUGUUGUUUA